ACCACACUAUGUGUACAACCCUGUCCAGCAGGGCCAUGGAUAAGGGGGUACCACCAGUCCUCUUGUGCAGGGUCCAGUCCAGCAGGGGAGCCCAGCAGCUGGGUGAUUCGGAUGUGGGCAAGGAGGGUGACCAGUAUGUGCCACAAUGUUACAAUAUGCCCAACCAGGGGCGGACUGACCAUUGCAGCACUUGGGCACUGCCCGAGGGCCCGGGGUCAGUAAGUAGGGGACCCCAUGAGAUGCCCUUGGUACCUCUCAUAGGCUGUUUUGGGUGUGGUUUGAGUGUGGGUGAACACAGGGGACCCAUGAGUUGCCAGUCCACCCCUGUGCCC